AUGGCCACUGCAACGGGGAGAGAUACAGGCAGCGCCAAGUCCCGCAAGCGUGCCUCUGACGAUUCGGACAGCUUUCCCAAACGACCCAAGCUAGCGGCCAAGACAGACCUCACACGAUGGAGAAUCAAGGAUGACGACAGCCGUCAUACAUGGCAUUACCUUGUUGACGACAAGGCAGCUGCAGAGUGGCCGCAGAGCAAUGCUGAGAAGUGGUUUCUGAACUUGCCCUUGGAUCUUCCCGCGCUGCCAAAGGCUGAGACGCCUCUCGAAGCUGCUCAAAAUGGCCUCACCUUUUUCGAAAAGCUUCAAAUGCCCUCUGGCCACUGGGCCUGCGAGUACGGUGGCCCCAUGUUCCUCCUGCCCGGUGUUGUCAUCACUUGGUAUGUUACCAAGACGCCAAUCCCCGACGCCUACGCGACCGAGAUCAAGAACUACCUCUUUGCACGAGCGCAUCCCGAAGAUGGCGGUUGGGGCCUCCACAUUGAGGGUGAAAGCACAGUUUUUGGCACUGCCAUGAACUAUGUCACCCUCCGCCUUGUUGGCGUCGACCCUGAGGACCCUGCCAUGGUCAAGGCGAGGGCUACUCUGCACAAGCUGGGUGGCGCACUCAAUUCCCCUCACUGGGCCAAGUUUUGGCUGGCGGUGCUGGGCGUGGUGGAAUGGGAUAUCGUGAACCCUGUGCCCCCCGAAAUCUGGCUGCUUCCUGAUUGGGUCCCGAUUGCUCCCUGGCGAUGGUGGAUCCAUAUCCGACAGGUGUUCCUGCCCAUGGGAUACAUAUAUUCCAAGAAAUGGAGCUGUGAGGAGACGGAUACCAUUCGGGGAUUGAAGCAAGAGUUGUUUGUUCAGCCUCACGCCGAGAUCAACUGGGCUAGCCACCGAAACAGUAUUUCUGCAAUCGAUAAUUACCAUCCCAAAACAUGGCUGCUCAACACGGUCAACUGGCUCCUGGUCAAUGUCUACAACCCCUAUCUGCGCUUCAACUUCCUCAAAGAGUGGGGAGAGAAAUGGGUCAGCGAGCUUGUCGACAUGGAAGAUGCCAAUACCGCGUAUGCGGGCUUGGCACCAGUGAGCGCGCCGAUGAACACACUCGUAUGUUACAUCCGGGAUGGUCCUGAGGCAUACAGCUUCACGAGACACACUGAAAGGCUGGAGGAAUACAUGUGGGUAAAGAAUGAGGGAAUGCUGUGCAAUGGCACAAACGGUGUCCAGUGCUGGGACACCGCCUUUGCCGUCUUGGCCGCCGUCGAGUCUGGGCUGCACACGGAUGAACGCUGGAAACCUAUGCUGAUCAAGGCCCUCGAGUAUCUGGAAAGACAACAAAUCAGAGAGAACUGCAAAGACCAAGAGAAGUGCUAUCGACAGCCCCGAAAGGGUGGCUGGCCGUUUAGCAACAAAGACCAGGGCUACGGCGUGAGCGACUGCAUUUCGGAGGCUCUCAAGGCCGUCAUCCUGCUGCAAAAGACGGAGGGAUACCCACAACUUCUGGAAGACCAGCGAAUCUUUGAUGCCGUGGACACGCUGCUCCUGUACCAGAACGACAACGGCGCCGUCUCGUCCUACGAGGCCAGAAGAGGUGGUGAGUACUUGGAGAUGCUCAACGCCGCCGAGGUGUUUGGCAGAAUCAUGAUUGAAUACGACUACCCCGAAUGCACAACUGCUUGCGUCACGGUCCUGUCUCUCUUCCACAAGCACUGGCCCGAUUACCGAACCAAGGAUGUUAAGCUGUUCAUCAAGAGAGCCACCAACUGGAUCAAAUCCAACCAGAGGUACGACGGUAGUUGGUAUGGCAGCUGGGGUGUAUGCUUUACGUAUGCCUCAAUGUUUGCGCUCCAGAGUAUGGCGGCCAUUGGAGAGACGUACUCCAACGGCCAGAUCUCACGAGCAGGCUGCGAUUUCCUCAUUUCCAAGCAGCGCGAGGAUGGCGGGUGGUCUGAAAGUUACCGGGCUUGUGAAACUAUGAAAUACUCCGAACACGAGUCAGGGUCCCUUGUAGUGCAGACAGCCUGGGCACUGAUUGGGCUCAUGGAGGCGGAAUAUCCUGACGUGGAGAAGAUUAAGAAGGGCAUCCGCUUGAUUGCGAGCCGGCAACAGCCCAACGGCGAGUGGCUGCAGGAAGCCAUUGAGGGCGUGUUCAACAAGUCAUGCAUGAUUUCGUAUCCCAACUACAAGUUUACGUUUACCAUCAAGGCGUUGGGCAUGUUUGCGAAGAAGUACCCGGACGAGAAGUUGUAGCUGGAUGGAUGCAUGGAUGUACGAAGUUGAUGACCAAAAUAUCUUUCUGCCUGCUUAUCUAUCAAUUUUUAACCCCG